AUGGAAGAUGAAGACAACUACGCCAUGUUCCUCGACUUUUCCAAGGCAUGCGACAAGGUUGAGCAGUACUUACUGUUCGAUGUGGUGGUCGAAAUGAACCUGGGGGAUAACUUCAUAGCCUGGUUUCGUCUGCUCUACAACUCGCCGGUGGCCAACAUCAUGUUCAACGGCACGAUGAGGCCGACCAUCCUCCCGAUUCGAAUGUCAAGCAAGGCUCCCCCUGUCAUACCUGCUAUAUGUGUUCUACCUAGGGCCCCUGAGCGGCAUGAUACGGCGUCACACACACCUUAA